UAAUGUUGAGUGACAGAUGAAUAAUUUGUAGCCGUGUACCGCUUUGGUGCGUCUAAAUUGCUCAAUAAUAGGACUGGAACUCCAACUUUCAACCUCAACUUCUGGAAAGGUACUCGUGAAAAUUCUAAAUGUGUCCGUGUCCAUAACAAUAUCUACUGAGUGGUAUUCGACAACUUCCCCUACCACGUCUAACAUGAUUCGGUUAUAUGGUUAACUAACUGCGCCAAAAUUGCGCUUUUGUGCCACAGCCAUUUAUGACUGCCCAUAUUUAUUUGAAGAUCAGGAUAGACAUUAUUUGACACAACUUACAGUAUAAUUAGUCAUGUCGUUACUUUCUGUUGCCAUAUAAUCUUCUCCGAAUUUUAAAAGGGCAGUUAUAUGACUAGAAGCACAAUGAGAAUCAUCCUGAGGUACGAGGUCAAAGGCACGAUUUUGGGACAAGGUGACAUUGAAGUCCAACCACAUGGUUCUUUGAUUGGUGGAGACUAUAGCAGCUUCCCGAUGCAGUAGAAGCAAGGCUAUGCGUAAAGUCGUAGCUGAGUCGAGUAAUAUAGUCAAUAUUACGCCGCAGUAGAUCGAGCAGCUACGAAAGCGUUGCCUCACGGCACUAACGUGGACAGGUCUUCACAGUCCCAGCAAAUAGUGGCUAGCUACGUGACGCGAACAACAAUGACAUGAUUUACGCAAGCCAUGAAAAUAGAGUGGGGUGGUGAUUAAUUUUCAACUAAGCACGUCGUUCCAGAUUCGAUCCGGCAAAAGUUUUGUCAAGGAAUUUUGCGAUGAUUGUGAUAUUACGACUCCGAAAGAAAAGAGCUUCAUGGCGUUACAUAAAAAAGUUGACGGAAUACACGUACAAUAAUGGACACGUUUCUGUUGUUUACGCAGGAAUUAUGCCAAUUUAUCUUAUUACGGAUCCAGAUGAUUGUUACAAGGUAUCGACGACGUGCUUAGAAAGGCCUGGCUUUGCAAAUAAGUUUCUAAAACAAUUCCUUGGUAAUGGUCUACUGACUGGACCAGGUACGUCACAGGCUAUUUGGAAGCAACACCGUAAGUUAAUCAACCCAGCCUUCAAUCAACAAGUAGUGGAUAGCUUUAUGGGAAUUUUUAAUGCUCAGAGUCGUCGUUUGGUCGAAACAUUGAAAAACCACGUGGGCAAGGGACAAUUCGACCAUCAUGACCAUUUGGAGAAAACCGCCUUGGAGACUAUUUCUUUAACAAUGGCGGGAGUAGACAUUAGCAAUCAGAAAGAGUUCAACUACAAAUGUCUUAUGGCAUUCCGUGCUGUUGUCGAUGGCGUCAUAGCGAGAGCCAAAAAUCCACUCUACUACUUUGAUAAUAUCUACAGAACGUCUAUAUUGAAGAAAAUAGAAGAUGCUCAUGUUAAAAUAACUCAUGAGUUAACUGAACAGGUCCUGAAAAAAAAGCGUGAGGUAUACGCAACCGAAGAUAAUAAAGAAAGUUCAGAAAAAACUUUAAGCCAUUCCUACAUCGCUUGCUGGAUUUUAGUAAUACGCUAUUAAGCGACAAUGAUAUUAAAGACGAAAUGAAUAACAUUAUGUACGCGGGUUCUCAAUCCAGCUCGGCAGUUCUUGCUUAUACCAUGUUAAUUCUAGGUACAUACCCCCGUAUACUAGAAAAAUGUCAACAAGAGAUUCGUGACAUAUUCGGCGAAUCAGAUAGAGAUGUGGAUAAAGAAGACUUGACCAACUUGAAGUAUAUAGAUGCAGUUCUAAGAGACGAUUCGACAGUGUCCGGUAGCACCAUUCACUGGCCGUUUAAUUACUGAAGACAUCCAACUGA